CCCGCCAGCCCGCCAGCCCCCCGCCCAGCAUCGGGUGCCGCCACUCAUGGCCCCCGACAUGGACCAGUUCUACAGGUCCACCAUGGCCAUCUACAAGAGCAUCAUGGAGCAGUUUAACCCUGCGCUGGAGAACCUGAUCUACUUGGGGAACAACUACCUCAGGGCCUUCCAUGCGCUAUCCCAGGCGGCCGAGCUGUACUUUGCUGCCAUCCAGAAGAUCGGGGAGCAGGCCCUGCUGAGCAACACCUCGCAGAUUCUGGGUGAGAUCCUGGUGCAGAUAUCAGACACCCAGCGGCACUUGAACUCUGACCUGAAGCUGGUGGUGCAGACGUUCCACGGAGACCUGCUGCAGCACAUGGAGAAGAACACCAAGCUGGACAUGCAGUUCAUCAAAGACAGCCGCCAGCACUACGAGGUGGAGUACCAGCACCGAGUCGCCCACCUGGAGAAGUGCACGUCGGAGCUGUGGCGCUUGGAGCGCAGAAGGGACAAGAACGCACGGGAGAUGAAGGAGAGCGUGAACCGGCUGCACGCCCAGAUGCAGGCCUUCAUGUCGGAGAGCCAGCGCGCAGCUGAGCUGGAACAGAAGCGCCGGUAUCGCUUCGUGGCCGAGAAGCACAUUCUGCUGUCCAGCACCUUCUUGCAGUUUUUCGGCCGGGCCCGGGGGAUGCUCCAGAACCGCGCGGUGCUGUGGAAGGAGCAGACAGAGGCCAGCCGCACCCACGCCCCGGGCCUGCUGGGCUCCACGCUGGGGCCGCCCUACCCCUCGGGCCGCCUGACGCCCACCCGCCUGGACAUGCCCCAGCCUCUGGGAGACUUCGGCUCCCCUCGCAGCCGGCACGGCUCCGGCUCCUACCGCCCCGAGCCCAGCGAGGCGAGGUCCGCGUCGCAGCUGGAGCCAGAUCGCCGGUCCCUGCCCCGGACGCCGUCGACCGCCUCGCUCUACGCCCGCAGCGCGCCGCGCUCCCGCUCCAACUCCGUCGGUGAGCGCCUGGGCAGCGGCGGCGGCGGGGGGCCCCGGAGAGUCCGCGCCCUGGUCUCCCACUCCGAGGGCGCCAACCACACGCUGCUGCGCUUCUCGGCCGGAGACGUGGUGGAAGUGCUGGUGCACCAGGCCCAGAACGGCUGGCUCUAUGGCAAGCUGGAGGGCACGUCCACGAGUGGCUGGUUUCCUGAGGCCUAUGUGACGCCUUUGGAGGAAGUAGCCCUGAGCAACACAACCUCCGUGAACCCAAUGAACGAGCUACCUUCCAGGUCCUACCCACUACGGGGCAGCCACAGCCUCAAUGACCUCCUGGACCAGCCGGGCAACUCCACAGUGCCCUCGCCCCCAGACUACCGGGACGGCCAGUCCCGCUCCCGGACCCCGAGCCGGGUCCCAAGCCGCACCCCCAGCCCUGCACCCCCAGCCCUGCCUGGCGGCUGCAGAAACAACCUGAACAACCUGGGGGUGGCCAGCGACGUCAAGAAACUUACGUCCUUGGAGCAGCAGCCCCCAGAGCUCUUCCCUCGGGGCACGAAUCCCUUUGCCACCGUGAAGCUGCGUCCCACUGUCACCAACGACCGCUCGGCACCCUUCAUCCGGUGAGGCCCGUCCUUCGGGCGUCUGAGGCCUCCCACCCCGCCUGGGCCCGAGCCGGCGCCGGAGAAGCAGCAGCAGCAGGUCCACAGAGCCAAAGCGCGAGGCCUGGGCCGGUCCUCCCCAGCACUGCCCCACGCCCUCCCCCCAACCUGAGCGCGGGGCUCAGCCUGGCUCCAGCCUGGCGUCUGGGAUCUCCCAAUAAAGGCGAACUGGGGAAGAACCCCGGGACUCUCCUGGGGGGCGUCUCCAGCCCCCCCACUGUCCUCCUGUGCUCCGG